UGGAAGAUGGCGCAGCUGUCGGGGCUGCUGCUGCUGGAGCUGGCCCUGCACGCCGCCGCCUUCCUCUGCGGCAUCAUCUGCGCCUCCGCCCUCACCGUCGCCCAGGGAGAAUUUGGUGGCCGGUGUAUCUUGUAUGGGUCCGUGGUCUACAACGGGACAUUGGAUCUCACCAGCUCCAGCCCCGUCUCCCUCUGCUACUUCGUCACGGCCAUUUCUACCCUCGCCGCCAUUUUCUGCUUCCUGGCUCUUCUCUUCGGCAUCUACAGCGGUUGCUUCGGUGAAGGAGAACCGGAGCGUAUCUGGGUCAGGGGGUCCGUGGCGCUGGUGGCCGUGGUCCUCUUCUUCUUGCUCAUCUCGGCCUGCAUCCUCCGGGUUGGGAUGGACAGCUUCUGUGCAUCUGUUCUGAAGUCUACAGCUGCACUGAGCUGCCAAGAAGCCCAGCACCGACCCUGGCUCCCCCCUUACCACGCCGAAAAGUUCUAUGACAACCUAUACACAGCUGAGGCAGCCGCUUGGGUGAACUUCUUCUUCUGGUGCAUGUUGCUGCUGCGCUUGUUCCUCGAGUGUGUGAAUAAAACCUCUUCCCAGUUGUCACCGGCAAGUAACCCGACAUGGAACACCGAGAGGACACCCAUCUUUGGAGAUGCGUAACCCCUUGCCUUGACGAGGGCAAACCGGGCACCCCUGGAAGGAGGAGCCAUCACUGCUCCGGUGUGCGAGCCGGCUCGGGAAUCCUCUUCCCCAUCUUCUGUUUUGCUGCACAACAGGAAGGACAGGGUUGUUUUUCUUCUUUGGUGCGUGGGGGAACAUCUGCCGACUGUGUAUGGACAAUAUGUCUUAAAUCCAGAGGUUCUGGGACUUUAA